AUGGGGUUACGCCCUGGAUAUCGCCAUAAGAGCGAUAUGAACUCACUUAUGCUGCGUGAAACCGAAGCAAAUCCUGAAGACGGGAUACGUCUUUUGGAAGUGGGUGACGACCCUAGUGGAAGAGGAUUUCGGAUGAUUAUCAUCACCCCUACCCAGGUGGAAUGGUUGAGAAUGUACUCCGAUCGAGGUAUAGCAGUUGAUGAUACUCACAAUGUCACAAAGUAUAACCUGAAAUUGGCUACAGUGUCUGUGGCAGACCAGAGGGAUCGUGGUCUACCUGCAGCUUUUUUGUUGAGUGGCACCAUGACGGCAUACGAUGUUCACAAGCUUUUCGCGGAGAUACAGAAGCUUGUACCAGAUUUCAAUCCACAUCAAAUUGUGACGGAUGAAGCCCCAUGCUUUUAUAACGGAUUCCGCGAAACAUUUCCAACAUCUCAAGCAAAACUUCACUACUGCAGGUGGCACCUUGAUCAGACGUUCAGAAGAGCCACAACACGGCUUGUGGAGGCACGCUUGAGGGGGCGCAUCAACAAGGAUCUAAGUAGACUUCUUCUGAUUGCCGAUCUUGAGACGUUCGAGCGGAAAUUUGCGGAGAUUCUUGCUUUUCUGGAUGUGGAGGGACAAACCGCCAUGGCGACUUAUCUCAGGGAGAAUUAUCUAGGAAGGACCGCAACUUGGGCUUCGUUCGCCAACCAACAUGCUGUGAUGGACACUACAAUGAUCAGUGAGCGGUGGCACCUCAGGCUAAAGAAGGACUUCCUCCACAGAAAUUCCAAUAUAAGGGCCGAUUUCCUGGUGGAUUUACUAAUUAAAGCAGUCGAAGAUUUAGCGGACACAAACGAAAUAAGGGAUCGACGACGUGCCGCAACAUCGUCAUAUCGUGUACAAGAAAUUACCAAGCGUCAUCGUAAGGCCAUGCUGUAUUAUGAGAGAAGACCUCAGCGGAUUCGCAGGAUCGGAGAAAUGGAGUGGCAAGUCGAGGGUAAACAACCCACGGACCUAUAUACCGUUACGCAAGGCGAAUGUCGUUGCGAUAUCUCAAUGGGCCACAAUGUCCACUGCCCACUAUGCGACAUCUGUCCCUAUUCUUGGAACUGCUCAUGCCUGGACAACAGAUCUGGAAUCAGCUGUCUCCACAGACACGCGGUGAAGCUCUACGGUGGUGAGAUAGCAACCCGAAUCAGCGCUGCCGAGCCUGUUGCCGGAGAAGGAGUUGAAGGGAGACGCAUUGAAGUCGAGGAAGCCUUACCUCCCACACUGGAACCAUCCACCUCGCGCGUGACUACAGCUCAGGAAAGAAAACAGGAGAGAAGUCAGAUGAGGAAUGAUAUCGAAAGUAGGUACGCUGUGGUCUACUCUCAUGUCAAUGUGCUCGUGAACACGGACACAGCAGAGUCCCUCGAUUCGCUCAAAGAGAUCUAUGAGCUGAUAGACCAAGCUUCGAGGAUAAGGGUGCGAGGAUCAGUCUCAGAGCCGAAUCUCGCAGUGAGGCCCGAACUAACCAAGCUAGGUGGAAAACCAUUACUCACUAAGGCAGAACUAUUCACGGCAAGUACAAGUAGAUAG